AUGGCGCCGAUCAGGGAACCGCGGGUGGUCCUGGUGGGUGUGCCGUUGCAUCGCCUGUCGCGAAACCAUCAGCUGCCCUGUUUGGCCCUGCUGGUCUUGAUCAGCAGCAUUCUUGCAGCCGCACUGCAAGAGCGUGUGCUCUAUGUGCCGGGCUUCCGCUACACAGGAUGGUUGGCGUUUCUCACAUCUUUCACCUACAUGGCCCUAGCCAUGGUCGAACGUGUCGUGGAAAGGGACUUGUUGCGACGAGGAAGCUUCGCAGAAUACGUGAAGUUGUCCUUUCUGACAAUGGGCGGCAUGUACUUUACCAACUUCAGUUUGCAUUACCUCAGCUAUUCGUUGCGCGUGGUCUUCAAAUCCAGCAAACUGGUUCCUGUGAUGCUGCUGGGCGUAGUGUAUCUGAAGAAGCGAUACACCGUCGCCCAGUACGCCGCUGUUGGCCUACUUACCGCUGGUGUGGUGGUCUUUACCCUUGGGGACGCCAAAGGCCGCGCCUUCUUCAACCCCGUGGGCAUCGCCUUCAUUGUGGCCGGCUCGCUGUCGGACGCCAUGGCGGCGAACUACGAGGAGAAGGUCUUCUUCUCCAGGAUGGGCUGCUCGGCCAGUGAGGUGGUCUUGUACAGCAGUGCGCUGGGAAGUGUCUGGGCUCUGCUGGCGGAGGCCUUCACUGGUGAGCUGCUCCCCGCGCUGCGCCAUUCCUGGGACCACCUGGAAGCGGUGCCACUGAUGCUUUUCGCGUCAGUCUUUGGUUAUAUCGCCCAGAGCGGGGUGUUGCUUCUCAUCAAACACUUUGGCGCCACGGCUGCCGAGAUUGUGAAGAGUUGUCGAAAAGUGACGACGAUUCUGAUCUCUUUCAUGGUCUAUGGAAAACCUUGGAACGGCUAUCAUGUGGCUGGCACUUUGCUCUUUGUGAAUUCCGUGGCGGUGGAAAGGUUCAACUCAGGGGCCUCCAAGCGCUUUGCCACGUUGCUGUUCAGCAUGGCAGGGCUGGUGGCUUUGCGCUUGGUUUUUGGUGGAGUUGGGCCUUCAACCUUUAGUGUGGUCAUAGACGCUGGGAGUGCAGGAACCAGAGUGAACGUUUUCCGCUUUGAUGCCUGGAACCUGAAGCUCCUGGACAUCAACGGUGCAGCUCAGGUCUUUGUAGAAGAAGAGCCAGGAGUGGGCGACUUGAACUCAAGUGCUUUGGCCCUUCAGCUCUCGCGUUUGUUGGGCGUCGCGAUGGCCACAGUGCCCAUGGGCCAGCGGCAGGUGACGCCGCUGGCGCUGCGCGCCACGCGGGCCUUGGAGGAUCUCAACAAUCAACAGGUGGACGACCUGUUGGACCAGAUGAAGAGCCACAUUGCAGCAGCCGGCUUCAAGGACGCUGGCAUACAGCCGAUGGGUGGCAGCGAAGAAGCCAUUGCAGAGUGGACCUCGGUGAACAUGCUCAUGGGAUGCUUUCAACCAGGGCUGCGUGGCGUUCACUCCCCUGUGGCCAUUGUGGAUUUGGGUGGUGCCACAGUGCAGAUAGCCUACUACCUCCAUGAUCGUCAGGCCAGCGAGGCGAAAAGGAAGCAUUUGGAUGGCUACAUCAGUCGCAUCAAACUGCCGUUUGGAAGCGGACCCGUGCAUAUUUACAGGCACAGCUACGGUGGGUAUGGCCUUUAUUCAGCUAAAGUCCGGAGCUACAAAGAAAUCGAGCAGGCAGGCUUUGGGCUGAAGAGGCAUCCCUGUUUGCCCAGUGGCAUCAGUGCGAGCCUUCGUGUGCAGCGGAGGGCCGUCGUGGCCGAGGGCGCCAUGAACCGAUUUUCCUGCGCAACGUUGAUUGACUACAUCCUGCACAAAGAGCUCCCUUGCAUGAAGGAUGGACAAGCUGCAGGUCCGCCUAAGAUGGGCAACUGCAGCUUUGCUGGAGCAUGGAUGGGCCCUGGCCCAGGUCCUCAGAAGGUUGUCCUGGCAUCGUACUUCUACGAUCGGAUGCGCGAUGUGGGCAUGGUGAGCAAUUACUCCCAGACCAUACGCGCGGCAGUGUUUGCUGAACAAGCAGAUCGCGCAUGCUCUGUGACGGGCUCCGGACUCAAUACGAACUCUGCACCGCCCAAGUCCAUGUUGGAGUUCCCCGGCUUGUCGAUGGAGCGUUUGCGAUGGUUGUGCUUUGAUCUGACUUUCCAGGCUCGACUGCUACAAGCCCUGGGCAUGGCAGAGAGUCAAGAGCUGCUGGUGGUGAAAAAGAUCCAAUACCAUUCCUUGAACUUUGAAGCCUCCUGGGCUCUCGGCGUGGCCAUCGGCCAACUCAACAAAUGAGAGUUGCAACUUCCAUGGGAGUUUCUCAAAGGGGCAGAUAUGG